AUGGAUUGUUCAUUCAGUUGGACGGUGGAUCCGACUCCGAACUCGGAUCCGACUCCGAACCCGGAUCCUAACUCGACUCCGUUCCGACAAAGCAAACGGGUCCGGUCCAAGAAACUAGUGGAGUUUACCGGGUGGGGCUCCAGGCGGCUCUUUGAGUUUCUGGAAUCGAUUGGCAGAGACACCAGCAAUCCAAUCUCGCAAUACGACGUCGCCUCCAUCAUCACCGACUACGUCAAUCAACACAAGCUUCAGCACCCCACCAAGAAGAAGAGAAUCGUCUGCGACGACACCCUCCACUCGCUCUUCGCCCGCAAAACCAUUGGCCGAGUCAAAAUCUACGACUUGCUCCACCAACAUUUCGCCGAAAAUCAACAAGACGACUCAACCGACAACGACGAAAACGACGACGACGACGAAAACCCCUUUUCCAAUUACUUCUUAGGCUCAGCAGACGACAACAUUUCUCAAUCGCAAUCUCGGCAGCGGAAGCAGAAAAAGCCCAAGAGAAUCGAUUCUGCUUGUCCUCCAAAAAGCAAAAGCUGUUUUGCGGCCGUCAUCCCCGAGAACAUAAAGCUGGUGUAUUUGCGGAGGUCUUUGGUGGAGCAUCUUCUUCUUCAUCACAGUCAGCAGGAGCAGGAGCCACAAAAUCAAGCGUUGUUUGAGGAGGCUAAAGUUGUGGGAAGCCUUGUCAGAAUCAAGGCCGACCCUAAUGACAUCUCGCAGAAGAACUCUCACCAGCUUCUCCAAGUUACAGGUCUUGUUCAUGAUGAUAAUGUCAGCAGCAGCAGCAGCAGCAACAGAGGAGUUCUUCUUCGGCUUUCCGGCCUCGCCGUCCCAAAACAAGUCCAAAUUUCUGAGCUGUCCGAUGAUAACUUCUCCCCGGAAGAAUGUGAGGAUUUGCGUCAAAGAAUAAAAGAUGGGUUGCUCAAGAGUCUUACAGUGGUGGAGCUUCAAGAAAAGGUCCAGAUGUUGCACGAGGAUAUAACAAAGCAUUACUUGGAGAGAAGGCAAUUGCUUCAGACUCCAGAUGAACAGGCAAGAUUGUUGCGUGAGGUUCCAGAAGUCAUUGCAGAUGAAAUAGAGCUAGAAGUUGCACCGAAGGAUGCUCCAGAUGAAGUACAAGAAGGAAACCACAGUUCACCAACAGAUAUCCAAAGGGGUGCUUCAGAAGCUCCUAUUUGUGAUAUGCCAGCUCCUGCUUGUGAUGUACCAGCAGAAGAAGCUCUAUUAACUCGGACCUCAGGUGGAGUAGAUUCUGAAGCAGCAAGCAAGCAUGAUGCUUCUUGGCAAGAAUGGCGGGAACGACUGUCAGAGUCCUCCGUAAACAAGAGCAAUGGUGGGAAAAAUCAUGGAAUUGUAGACACUAAGGGAUUUCAGAAACUGGUGGAUAAGCUGGUAAUAACGUCUCAGGUAAUUGAUUUAAGUAAUGAUGAGGAAAAUGAAGAAAGAUACGACGUAAAGGAGAUUCCUGGUGAUCAGCUGGGGAGCUUGAUAUGGCAUUAUUUAGAUCCCCAGGGAAACAUACAGGGUCCCUUUUCAAUUGAUUCCUUAAAGUCAUGGAGCGAUGCUGAAUACUUUCCUCCAGAUUUCAAAAUUUGGAAGGCAGGUCAGAGCCUAAAUCAAGCUGUAUUAUUGAAACGCAUUCUUCAGCAGACUUAUCCGAAUAAAGUUUCAAAAGAUUAG